CAGCAUGUUGCAGACAGUCGGUGAGUGGCUGUGGUGGGAGCGUCUGUGGCUGCCGGCAAACGUCUCCUGGUCGGAUCUGGAGGACAGUGAAGGUCGUGUCUACGCUAAGGCCUCUCAACUCUACGCAGCUCUGCCCUGUGCCCUCUGCCUGCUUCUCGUCAGAUAUGUGUUUGAAAGGUAUCUGGCCACACCACUGGCUGAUGUUUGGGGGAUCAGGGACAGAAUACGUCAGACAGCAGAACCAAACACCACCUUAGAAAACUACUUCUGCCACCAAGCACGGCUUCCAUCACAGGCCGAUGUGAGGUCACUGUGUAAAAAGACGAGUUGGUCAGAGAGAAGCAUUCAGGUCUGGUUCAGGAGGAGGAGGAACCAGGAGCGACCGGGACUUCGGAAGAGGUUCUGUGAGGCCAGCUGGAGAUGUUCAUUUUAUUUUUUUGCAUUUGUCAGCGGAGUUCUCGCUCUGUACGAUAAACCUUGGCUUUACAAUCUGAAGGAGGUUUGGGCAGGCUUCCCCAAACAGUCCAUGCUGCCGUCUCAGUACUGGUAUUACCUCCUGGAAAUGGGCUUCUACCUGUCUCUGCUCCUCAGCCUCACAUUUGAUGUGAAGCGGAAAGACUUCAGAGAGCAGGUGAUUCAUCAUAUAGCCACGCUGACUCUUCUGAGUUUCUCCUGGAUUUCCAACUACAUCCGUAUCGGGACCCUGGUGAUGGCAGUUCACGACUCUGCCGACAUUCUGCUGGAGGGGGCAAAGGUAUUCAACUAUGCCAAGUGGCACCAGACUGCGGACGCCAUGUUUGUAGUCUUUACUGUUCUCUUCAUGGCGACAAGACUUGUCAUUUUUCCUUUCUGGCUAAUCCACUGCACAUGGGUGUACCCUAUGGAGCAGUUCCCUCCCUUCUUUGGCUACUACUUCUUCAACGUCAUGCUGGUGGUUCUUCAGAUGCUGCACCUCUACUGGGCUUUUCUCAUUUCACGAAUGGUUUAUAAGUUUAUCUUCGCCAAGCUAGAGGGCGACGACAGGAGUGACGAAGAGGAGUAUGACAGUGACUCGCAGAGGGAGAUCAACCCCAAACUGAGUCACAUUAAUGGCGCUGGAGCCAGAGACAGAGCCAGUGGCCACUGACUAUACAAACAGACAGACAGGGAAGUCAAUAGCAGACUC